AUGUUAUCAAAAGUUGUUAGAAAAAGUGUUACAGCUAGACCAUUAGGUUUAAGAUUUAAAUCAAUUUUACAAUUGUCAUCAACUUUAACUAACUAUCCAAAAGAUCAUUCAGUUUCAGAACCUUAUUUAACACCAUCAUUUGUUAAUAAUGAAUUUAUAAAAUCAGAUUCAAAAGAAUGGUUUGAUAUUCAUGAUCCAGCAACUAAUAAUAUUGUUUCAAAAGUUCCACAAUCAACUGCUGCUGAAUUAGAAGAAGCUAUUUCAGCUGCUGAAAAGGCAUUUCCAGCUUGGAGAGAUACCAGUAUUAUUAAAAGACAAGGUAUUGCUUUCAAAUUUGUUCAAUUAUUAAGAGAAAAUAUGGAUAGGAUUGCUUCAGUCAUUGUCUUAGAACAAGGUAAAACUUUUGUUGAUGCUCAAGGUGAUGUUACUAGAGGUUUACAAGUUGCUGAAGCUGCAUGUAAUAUUACAAAUGACUUAAAAGGUGAAACAUUAGAAGUUUCAACUGAUAUGGAAACUAAAAUGAUUAGAGAACCAUUAGGUAUUGUUGGUUCAAUUUGUCCAUUUAAUUUCCCAGCCAUGGUUCCAUUAUGGUCAUUACCUUUAGUUUUAGUUACAGGUAAUACUGCAGUUAUUAAACCUAGUGAAAGAGUUCCAGGUGCUGCCAUGAUUAUUUGUGAAUUAGCUGCAAAAGCUGGUGUUCCACCAGGUGUUAUUAAUAUUGUUCAUGGUAAACAUGACACUGUUAAUAAAAUAAUUGAAGAUCCACGUAUUAAAGCUUUAACUUUUGUUGGUGGUGAUAAAGCAGGUAAAUAUAUUUAUGAAAAAGGUUCAGCAUUAGGUAAAAGAGUUCAAGCUAAUUUAGGUGCUAAAAAUCAUUUAGUUGUAUUACCAGAUGCUCCAAAACAACAAUUCAUUAAUGCGUUGAAUGGUGCUGCAUUUGGUGCUGCAGGUCAAAGAUGUAUGGCUAUUUCAGUUUUAGUUACUGUUGGAAAAACAAAAGAAUGGAUACAAGAUAUUGUUAAAGAUGCAUCAAAAUUAAUUACUGGUUCAGGUUUUGAUAAGUCGUCAGAUUUAGGUCCAUUAAUUAACCCAUCAUCAUUAGAAAGAGCAGAAGAAAUUAUUGAAGACUCAGUUAAAGCAGGUGCUGAAUUAUUAUUAGAUGGUAGAGGUUAUAGACCAUCUGAUCCAAAAUUCCAAAAAGGUAAUUUCUUAGGUCCAACUAUUUUAGCAAAUGUUAAACCAGGAAUGAGAGCAUAUGAUGAAGAAAUCUUUGCUCCUGUUUUAUCAAUUGUCAAUGUUGAUACUAUUGAUGAAGCAAUAGAAUUAAUUAACAAGAAUAAAUAUGGUAAUGGUGUAUCAUUAUUCACAAAUUCAGGUCCAUCCGCUAAAUACUUUGAAAAACAUGCUGAUGUUGGUCAAAUGGGUAUUAAUGUUCCUAUACCUGUUCCAUUACCAAUGUUUGGUUUUACUGGUUCAAGAGGUUCUUUCUUAGGUGAUUUGAAUUUCUAUGGUAAAUCAGGUAUAUUAUUUUACACUAAACCAAAAACUAUCACUGCAUUAUGGAAAUCAAAUAACUUAGAUGAUGAAAUUUUAAAACCAUCAACUUCAAUGCCUAUUCAAAAUUAA